GAAGAGAUAGGAACAAAUUCAAAAGAAAUAAUUAACGAAAAGCAAGAAAAUGGAAUAAAACAGGAUCAAACAAAUGAAAAAGAAAAUACAAAGUUCGAGUUCACUCGUUCUCUUGAAACCAAUCUAUUAUCGUCACAAAGAGAUGGCGAUUCUUCAUAUGAUAGUAUUAAUGAAAAACAAAUUACUGCAAGCACAGUAGAGAGUGUUGUAAGACAACACAAAUUAUCAAGAAAGCCAUCUCCUCAACAGGAUGCACAAUUUGAUUUUGGAAAGUUUCUUCAACAAAUGAGCAAUCCAAGUGCACAAAAUAUUGCGCGUUAUGUCAAAAAUUUUGAAAAAGAAUUUGAACGAAAAGCUUGGACUGUUAAUGAACAAAUCAGAAUCAUACAUGAUUUCUUAGAUUUCAUAGCUUUGAAAAUGCGUAACUGCGAGUUAUGGCGGAAUAGUUCUGAUGUAGAAUUUGAAAAUGCGAAAGAAGGCAUGGAAAAGUUGGUGAUGAAUAGAUUGUACAAAUUAACCUUCUCACCAGCAAUUCAUGGUUCAGUAACAACAGACGAUAGAGAACGAGACGAAAUCUUGCAUCAAAAAAUUCAAAUUUUUAGAUGGGUUAAAGAAGAACAUUUAGAUAUACCUACUGCCCCACAUAAUGAACAAUUCCUUGACUUUGCUAAGAAGGAAUUAUUGAAAAUAAAUUAUUUCAAGGCGCCACGUGAUAAACUUAUUUGCAUCCUUAACUGUUGCAAAGUCAUUUUUGGUUUAAUAAGACAUGUAGACGGAGAAGAGGGGGCAGAUAAAUUUUUACCCAUCCUUAUUUUUGUUGUACUAUCAGCUAAUCCAGAACAUCUAGUAUCUAAUGUCCAAUACAUAUCAAGGUUUAGAAAUCCAGAAAAAUUACAAUCCGAAGCUGGUUACUAUCUUUCAAGUUUGAUGGGUGCAAUUUCAUUUAUUGAAAAUAUGGAUGCAUCAUCACUUUCUAUAACACAAGAGGACUUUGAUAAAAAUAUUGAAGUAACCAUGAAAGAACUCGAAAGGGAAAGGCCAAAAAUACCGGAAAAUACGAGAGAAAUCAGUUAUGAUAAUGUAUUACACCCUUCAAGAUCCGCACAAAAUUUAAGGUCACCCAUUUUGAACCCUGCGCAAGCUAGAGCAUUAUUCGAAAAUGGAAGAAAUUUUGCCCAAAGAACGAUACAAAAACCGCUUAACAUAGUUGGGAAGAUUUUUGCAGAGAUCAGUAACGAGGCUAACGAAACGCUUAAUACACGUCAAGUUAAUUCUAAUUUAGAAGUAAAUUCAUCUUCACAAUCUUCUUCGCGUAGUAUUUCGCCUCAAAGACCACCAUCAAUUAAUGAACAACCUGUUCGUCAUAGACGAUUGUCAGAUAGUGAUUUGUUACAGGAUCAAGGAAGUAGGGAACGAUCAGAUUCAGUCUCUUCAAGGUCUUCUCGAGCGUCCAACGAUUUUUCUGAUGUUCAAGCAGAAGUAGCACGAGUUUCGGAAGCCGAAUUUCAAGCAUCUCUUGCAAAACUUAUCUCGAUGUUCCCUGAUAUGGAUUCGGAAGUGUGUGAAUCGGUAUUGCAAGCCAACGAAUGGAGAAUGACUUCAUCUAUAGAUCAACUUUUAGAAAUGUCGAACCCAAAUAUUGGAAGAAGUGAUUUUUAUAGAGAAAAUUCUUUUGAAUUAAAUAAUAUUUCUGAUAAUGACAAUAAUCCACGUGAUGAAGAAAAAAAUGAAUUAUUUGCGGUUUCUUAAAUUUUUGUUGCACAAUUUGAAUUCACUUAUUAUUAAUAUAUUUUCAUCACGUUACAUAUAAUUAAUUGACUUCUUCAUUCUCCUAUUGUUUAUUUUAUUUUAUUUUAUUUUUAUUAUUCAUAUAAAAAAUUCCUUUCGCUAAAAGAUAAUUAUUUAAUUUUUAUAUUAUAAUUUUUUUGUUGAUUUGUUAUAAAAAGUAUUUUUUUUUUUUUUUU